UUCUCCGCCUCACGUAUAGUUGGCGGCCUAUUUUCAGCUUUUGUUUCGACCACCGGCGGAUUCAAGAAGCCCCACCACUACCGCCAUGAAACAAUGGAUCCCCGGCGCUUAGUGGUUCAUGUCCAACUAUUACCUAUUCAGUUACGUACUAAUAACAUGUUUUCUUCAACAACACAGAGAAAAGGGUUAUUUUCUAUUUACAAAUUCUUGUUUCAAGAACAUCUCAUGUGCUAUGUGGAUCCAGUUUUUAUCCAUGAUUCAUGUGAAAUUUUGGACGAGUGUUUUUUUCUGUUUUAUCAUUUGGAGCAGGACAGUAAAGGCAAUGAUGUGAAC